GUACAGCAGUAGAGGGGCUCUGCUUCUCCGAGGGGGUGCACAGGGAACAAGAUCACCUUGGUGCUCCUGGGUUCCGUGCCGCCACGCUUCACAUGAGGCACUAGCGUUGCUGGUUGCAUUUUGUCUUCUAGGCGCGCGCUCCAGGCUAUGGUGGAGAGGGGGUCGCCUGGACUUGUCGACGAGGUCACACCGUGUGCCGGACAGCAUGAACAACAGGCGUUCCAGGCCCUCUCUCUAGGCCCCGCUGAUGUUAAAGGACUCCUCUUCCCCUGCAGCCCCCCUCGACGGCGAGACCGGCCCCCUCCCUGCUCAAGGCACAAGCCUAGCGGCCGCCGCCCUGCACGUCGUGCUCCAGCACGACCUCAGCGUCGACCGCCGCGGCGCCCCGCACCCGGACCGGCGGCGCUUCAUCGCGACCACGCAAGAGCUGCAGCUCGUGUCAGUCUGGCUGAGCCAGACCUGCCGAACGGUGGCGGGAUGCCACGCGAGGAUCGCUCGCGGAACGCCCCGUAGGCUGUGGUGCCCGCUGUCUACCAGGAGGAUAACCCGGGGCCAGAGGCGCCGGAGCGGGAGCCUGGACGGCUCUCCUCGCCUCCCGCCGAGACGGUUGACCUCGGUUACGUGGGAAAAGACCAUCCGGGAGCUCGGCCAGGCGCAAGAGGUACUCUCUGAGCUGGAAAACCUUGAGUGGGGCAGGAUGUUCAACGAGAGGCUAGAUGCCGUCGUUUGGCCACCGAAAGUCAAGAGGCUGGUGUUCGACAAGCACUUCAACCAGCCUAUCGGCCGGGUUCAGUGGCCUCCAUUGCUGCAGAUCCUCAAGUUCGGAGCUUGGUUCAAUCAGAGAAUAGAAGGAAUCACGUGGCCGACAUCCUUGAAGCAACUUACCUUGGGGUCUGCGUUUAACCAGCCCAUCGCCGGAGCUGUGUGGCCGGAAUCGCUGCAGCAGCUGUCGCUAGGAGAAGCCUUCAACCAGGCUAUGAACACGACCUGGCCUGCCAAAGGACCGCGUAGCAUCAUAUUUGAGAGGGGUUCACGCUUCAACUGCGACUUGGAGGGGGCAGAAUUGCCGGUGGAGCUAGAAGAGCUUACGCUAGCUUGCCACUACAACAACCCGAUCGUUUUGGUGAAGUGGCCAGCUUCAUUGAGGAAACUCGCCUUCGGCACCAACUUCAACCAACCCAUCGAAUCAGCCGUGUGGCCAGCCGGUCUCCGAAAGAUUUCGUUCGGGUACAGCUUCAACCAACCUAUUGAGCAAGUCAAGUGGCCGGAAUCCCUCCGGCAGCUAUCGUUUGGGUACAGUUUCAACCAGCCGAUCGAAUCAGCCGUAUGGCCGGGUGGUCUGCAGCAUAUUUCGUUUGGGUACAACUUCAACCAACCCAUAGAAUCAGCCGUGUGGCCCGCCAGCCUGCAGCAGCUAUCGUUGGGGUGUUGCUUCGAUCAGCCCGUAAACUGCGUGGCGUGGCCCGCGUCGUUGCAGGAGCUCUGCCUCCGGCGCAGACAGGACAGAGGGCGUGCAUGCUCAGGCGUGGAUAGCGUGCACGACGGGGGGGCGCGCUUGAGGCAAUCACGCAAUUAAAUUCGCUGAACAUCACACAAGGUUGGGUAUUGACUCAGCACGAUUUGCUCCUGUGUUCCAGAGUUUGUUUUUCAGGCAUUUGGUCGGCGUUUUUUUGGACCAUCAACGAAGCAAGCUUGCAGGUGUCUUCAUCCUGGCCACCAACUGAAUUUUCUAUUCCGGCCGCUUCGAGAGGGGCGUACAUGUAUAUCGUGAUAGGGGUAAAUCGACAUGGAACGUUGGAAAGCUUUUGUGGGGUCGCCAAUGGGCCCGGUUCCCCGGCAUGUAGUUAGCGUUCGCAGACAUCGGAGGAAGAGGACAUGCUUUAAUCGAGGUAUCGUGGUUUGGUUGGUCGUGUCCUUCAGUGCAAGCAAGACGUGUUUAUGCCUGCUCUUCCAUAAAAUGCCUCGGUCAUGUUUUUUUUGAUGAUCGGAUGCUGUUCCGUUUUCGCAACUGGAGGUGUUGGUGAGAAUGUUGUAUGCCCGUCUUCUGGCGUAGUAGACGGAGAAGGUUUGUUUUUUCUACUGUUUCUGACUCACGGAGAAUUCUAGCACCAGAAUGUUAAUUGCGAUUGAAUUUUGUGGAUAUCGGUAUGGCUCGUGUCUUGGCGCACCUGGCGUGCUGGUGAAGCCUUGAAUUUUGUACAACGAGCCGCUCUUAGGGAACAAUACAUGUAAGCACUAUAUUUUUAUUAAGUUGCCCAGUCUACAACGGGAGUGCAGAAGUGUCUCGCCUACACCGGAGUCUUUUGUAUCAUGUGCCCAUCACACAGACUAUGGCCGUUUGAUGGCGGAAGCCACCAAACUCCACCAUAGUCUGUGUCGUUCCUCUGUCUUGGGCCUCUAUAAAGGCGCAGAAAGACGCGUGUGGAAGAGCAUGUCCUUCACCCGACAACGGUUUGGAAACGUGUAAAAAGCUACUCUUGUCAACGUGGGAAACAUGACGCCCAUCGCGGAGCGUACGAGUACAAAGUUGCAUACGCCGAUUAUGUUUAGGAACAACAGUGGGGGUGUUGCCAGUCGUGGCCGGGGGACUGGCUGGGCGUAGUAGCAAGUGGUUGGUCAUGUGGGUUGGAGGAACAGGCCCGGAAAGCAAAAUAUUCUAGACUCUUUUACAUCUGUGGAAGAGAUACAUUUUGUUGAGUUCUAGUCAGAAAAAAAAAUGAUGUAGACGGAAAGACGGCGUACCAGAGGAACGCAAUGUCGCACCGUUGUGUUGUAUGCUACUGCGCGCGGAGGGUAAUCGAAGUCGGCGAGGGUCCACGACGCGCGAUACCCUGCAAAAUGCUUUCUCAAGAUAUCGCUCGACGUACGCCGUAGAUCGAGACCGGUCUGUUGUUAGCUGCCAAGCGGACCCUGAGAUUCGAUUUUUCCGAAUUCGUUCGUAAGAUCAAAAAAGCGAUGAAAAACAGGCACACGGCGACACGGGGCAAGACGAGACAAAAACAGCGCGCAUGGUCGCACAUGGCCGCCCACUUGUGGCAUACGCUACAGGGUGCGAAAAUCGAUGGAACUUGUCGAGGGACCAUGAUUUCUGAUGUACUACCGAGGCAUAGUCGAGAUGUGGCGAGACGU